AUGCUAACAGAGGAAAGGCUAAGAGAGCCUGGCUGCUCAGACUGCAGAAAGUGCCGGUAUUCUAGGUCUGCACCACCAUGCCCAACGCCAUGCAUGUUCUGAAGAUUUCUCUGGUUGCUGAGUGAAAAUGCAAGGAACCCGGGACAGUAUCCCAGCUUACUACAGAGAGACCAGGACAUCAUCCCAGCUUACUACAGAGAGACCAGGACAGCAUCCCAGCUCACUACGGAGAGACCAGGACAUCACCCCAGCUUACUACGGAGAGACCAGGACAUCACCCCAGCUUACUACGGAGAGACCAGGACAGCAUCCCAGCUUACUACGGAGAGACCAGGACAUCAUCCCAGCUUACUACGGAGAGACCAGGACAGCAUCCCAGCUUACUACGGAGAGACCAGGACAGCAUCCCAGCUUACUACAGAGAGACCAGGACAUCAUCCCAGCUUACUAUGGAGAGACCAGGACAUCACCCCAGCUUACUACGGAGAGACCAGGACAGCAUCCCAGCUCACUAUGGAGAGACCAGGACAUCACCCCAGCUUACUACGGAGAGACCAGGACAGCAUCCCAGCUCACUAUGGAGAGACCAGGACAUCACCCCAGCUUACUACGGAGAGACCAGGACAUCACCCCAGCUUACUACGGAGAGACCAGGACAUCACCCCAGCUUACUACGGAGAGACCAGGACAUCACCCCAGCUUACUACGGAGAGACCAGGACAGCAUCCCAGCUUACUACGGAGAGACCAGGACAGCAUCCCAGCUCACUAUGGAGAGACCAGGACAUCACCCCAGCUUACUACGGAGAGACCAGGACAUCACCCCAGCUCACUAUGGAGAGACCAGGACAGCAUCCCAGCUCACUAUGGAGAGACCAGGACAGCAUCCCAGCUCACUAUGGAGAGACCAGGACAGCAUCCCAGCUCACUAUGGAGAGACCAGGACAUCAUCCCAGCUUACUAUGGAGAGACCAGGACAUCAUCCCAGCUUACUAUGGAGAGACCAGGACAUCAUCCCAGCUCACUAUGGAGAGACCAGGACAGCAUCCCAGCUCACUACGGAGAGACCAGGACAUCAUCCCAGCUUACUACGGAGAGACCAGGACAGCAUCCCAGCUCACUAUGGAGAGACCAGGACAGCAUCCCAGCUCACUAUGGAGAGACCAGGACAGCAUCCCAGCUUACUAUGGAGAGACCAGGACAGCAUCCCAGCUUACUACAGAGAGACCAGGACAUCACCCUAGCUUACUACAGAGAGACCAGGACAUCACCCCAGCUCACUACGGAACCUUUCACAUGCCCUGCUGCAGCCCGCAGCCACACUGCCUUCAAGGAAGCCGUGAAUGAGAAUGAUGGCCAGGUCUGUUCUGUCACCAGGGCUCACGGGGUGUCACCAGGGAAUGGAACAGGCUUUCUUUCCACUGUGGCCAGUAGGGUUGACAGCUGAAUGUGGGGAGGAGGUGGGGAGUGACUGAGUGCUAACAAUGAGAAUUCAUCCCAGGCUCCCAAUGGGCAGAGACCAUCUGGACAGAGCCAGAGGCCACUGAAGGGACACCCCUUGGUGAGGAAGACAUUCACUCCAGCCACUUCAGAGAGGCUCUG